AUGGCUACAGAAGUUGCUCAUGACGAGCACCUGGCCUGGUGGAUCCAGCACCUGCAAGACCAAACCAUUUCGCCGUUGACUAGAGACUACCCUGAGGCCACCGCGGAGAAUGUACCCAAACGGCCUAUCGAGGCGGCGGAGUCACUCGCAGCUCCGGCAACUACCAGAAAUGCCUUGAAGAAACUGUCCGGUCUCGCAUCGGUCACCACUGUCAUCCAGACUGCUCUCAUCGUGCUGGUGAGCAGACUAACGGGCGACGAAGACAUCAGUAUCGGCACUAAUGCAAAAACUAACGGUCCUCCAUUUGUCCUUAAAACAGCUGUUGCCGCCUCAGAGUCGUUCUUCCAGCUGCUCAAACAGGUGCAAGACUUAUCCUCCGAGGCGGCAGACAAGAUUGUCCCUCUUGCAGAUCUCCAGACAAGCUUGAAGAGACCAGUCCUAUUUCGCUUUGCUGUGUUCGACAGCAAUGACGAUGGUGCCAGCCUCCCCGGCAGUGCUGAAACGACCGACUUCCUGCUCUCUUAUUCUUGCUCUACUGAAGGCGAUCUUCGGAUGACUGCACGGUACAACCAGCGUCUUGUCUCGAGUGCCAGGAUCGCCUGCAUCCUCGCCCAAAUUUCGCAGCUGCUGGAAAAUGUUGCGCUGGAUGUCAAUGCUCCUGUGGGUGGUAUCGUGUUCGCCACUCCCCAGGAACAAGCUCUUGUACCCAACCCAACCAGCGAUUUGGAGUGGUCGUCUUUCCGUGGCGCUAUUCACGAUAUCUUUGCUGCGAAUGCGGAAGCACAUCCUGAUCGAACGUGCGUAACAGAGACAAAAUCUGAAGACGGUCCAGAAAGGAAAUUUACUUACCAACAAAUACACGAGUCUUCCAAUAUUUUGGCGCAUCAUCUCGUUCAAUCUGGCCUGGAGAGGGGCGAUGUCGUUAUGAUAUACUCUUAUCGAGGAGUUGACCUAGUAGUCGCCAUCAUGGGUAUCCUGAAGGCCGGGGGCACCUUUUCGGUCUUAGACCCCGCCUAUCCACCUGAUAGACAAAACAUCUAUCUCGACGUCUCGAGACCAAGGGCUCUUGUCAUUAUAGAUAAAGCCACUCAGGAUGCUGGUGAGCUCUCAGAGAAGGUACGGGGCUUUAUCAAAGACAAUCUGAGCCUCAAGACAGAAGUUCCGGCUUUGCGUUUGCAGGAUGACGGCUUUCUGCAAGGUGGUGACGUUGCUGGGAAGGAUAUUUUCGAAUCGAUUCGGCCGCUCAAAGCCAAAGGUCCUGGGGUCGUGGUUGGGCCCGACUCGAUCCCUACCCUCUCUUUCACAUCUGGUUCUGAAGGUAAACCGAAGGGUGUUAGGGGCCGCCAUUAUUCAUUGGCAUUCUACUAUGACUGGAUGGCAAAAAUGUUCAACUUGUCUGAUAAAGACAAAUUCACCAUGCUCAGCGGCAUCGCCCACGACCCUAUACAAAGAGACAUUUUUACACCUCUGUUCCUGGGCGCACAGAUUCUUGUGCCUUCCAAGAAUGAUAUCCAGAAUGAGCUGCUCGCCGAAUGGAUGAAGGAUUAUGGCGCGACAGUGACACAUCUGACACCGGCCAUGGGCCAAAUCCUGGUCGGGGGUGCAACUGCAAAGUUUGAACAGCUUCAUAACGCCUUUUUCGUGGGUGACAUCCUGAUUAAGCGAGACUGUCGAUCCCUACAGAACCUGGCACCCAAUGUUCGGAUUGUCAACAUGUGGGGAACGACAGAGACUUCUAGGGCGGUAAGUUAUUACGAGAUACCGUCGUGGAACGAAAGUGAUGGCUUCCUCGAUGGCAUGAAAGACGUUAUUCCUGUCGGCAGAGGAAUGCAUAAUGUUCAGAUGCUCGUCAUCAACCGAUUCGAUCCAACCAAAUUAUGUGCAGUCGGCGAAAUUGGAGAGAUCUAUAUCAGAGCAUCAGGACUCGCUGAAGGCUAUCUGGGUACGCCCGAGCUGACGGCGAAGAAAUUCGUAAACAACUGGUUCCCGGGCCAUGAAAAAGGCCUGGAGUCGGAUAAAGCAAGGUUUGAACAAAAAUAUAAGAACGAACCCUGGGCGCAGUAUUACCUUGGGCCUCGAGACCGCCUCUAUCGAAGUGGAGAUCUGGGCCGUUACACACCAACAGGAGAUGUGGAGUGCUCUGGCAGGGCGGAUGAUCAAGUGAAGAUCAGAGGCUUCCGCAUUGAACUUGGAGAAAUUGACACUCACCUGUCCCGGCAUCCACUGGUGCGCGAAAAUGUCACCCUUGUGCGAAGAGACAAGUUCGAGGAACAGACGCUUGUCAGCUACAUUGUCCCCCAGAUGAAAGCAUGGUCAGAGUUUCUCGCCGACAAGGGCAAAGAGGAUCUCCCAGACGACGGAACUCUGAUUGGGAGAGUCGAACGGUUCCAACUGCUCCAGACCGAGGUACAAGAAUACUUGCGAACGAAGCUGCCUGCUUAUGCUGUUCCUUCUGUCAUAGUACCCAUGAAAGCGAUGCCUUUGAAUCCCAAUGGGAAGGUCGACAGGCCGAAGCUGCCCUUCCCAGACGCAGGAAUCCUCUCAGCACGAACACGGCGGAAGUCUUCUAUGAUGCAGCAACUCACGGAAGGGGAGCUGACACUUGCGCACAUCUGGGCCAAACUUGUUCCAGGCCUAAUUCCGCGGACCAUUAGACCAACCGACUCAUUUUUUGCGAUUGGUGGCGAAAGUAUGAAAGCCCAGCAGCUCGCAUAUCAAGUCAGGAGGACACUUGGUGUAAAUCUCCCCAUCAGCAAGAUAUACAACCGGCAUACGCUAAAGGAGAUGGCCGCUGUCAUCGAUAAUCUACGAGCAGCUGAUUCUUUGGGGGGUGGCGGAACAGUUGAGGCUACAGACAGCACCGAAACCAACGGUGUUAAAGCUGAGGACCACUACGGUGAUGAUGCCCCGAUCAUGGCGAAGUCUCUGCCUCCCUCGUUUUCUCCUGCAUCUCCCAAUGUUCCUUCAGCGCCAGUGGUGUUCCUUACUGGGGCGACCGGCUUCUUGGGGUCGUUUAUCUUGAAGGAUCUGUUGGAUCGCCAGAACCCUCAGGUGGAGAAAAUCUUUGUCCUGGUCAGGGCCAAAGACGAGGCAAUUGCACUAUCCCGAAUUAAAACCACCUGCCAGGCUUACGGUGUCUGGGAUGACUCAUGGCAAUCUCGAAUCCAGUGUGUCACAGGCGAACUGGGACCCACCCGACUGGGCAUCUCUGAUGCACGAUGGAAGCAGAUUGUGAACGAAGUUGACGUUGUCGUCCACAAUGGCGCUCAGGUCCAUUGGAUCAAUACGUACGAAAUGCUCAAGCCUGCCAACGUUCUCGGCACCAUUGAAACAAUGAAGAUCUGCGCCGAAGGCAAACCCAAGCUUUUUGCGUUUGUUUCCUCCACCAGCGUGCUCGACCACGAACACUUUGUCUUCGAGUCAGAACGUAUCAUCGCUGCUGGAGGCGAAGGAAUCAGUGAAGAGGAUGACUUGAUGGGAAGCCGGAAAGGGCUGGGGACCGGCUAUGGCCAGAGCAAAUGGGUGGCAGAAUACCUCUGUCGCGAAGCCGGACGGCGAGGUUUACGUGGCUGCAUCAUCCGACCCGGUUACGUGCUUGGCUCUUCCAAGACUGGUGUCACGAACACGGACGACUUCUUGAUUCGCAUGCUCAAAGGCUGCGUUCAGCUUGGUACACGGCCAAACAUCAACAACACCGUGAAUAUGGUCCCAGUGAAUCAUGUUGCUCGUACGGUUGUGGCAUGUGCUUUCCAUCCUCCUUCUCCUCAAGGAGUCAGUGUGGCUCAGAUCACUGGCCACCCGAGACUGCGUUUCAAUCAAUACCUCGCGGCACUGCAGACCUAUGGCUAUCGGGCUAAUCUAACGGAUUAUGUCCCUUGGGCAUCUUCGCUCGAGCACUACGUGAGUACGCACGGCGAUUUUGCAUUAAUGCCACUCUUCACCUUCGUCGCCAACGACCUUCCUUCCAAUACGCGUGCACCCGAGUUGGACGACAGCAAUGCGGAGAAAGCACUUUACGCAGACGAAAAGUGGACUCGUGAAGAUGUUAGCGCAGGAAGUGGUGUCACAAAGCGUGAGAUCGGCCUUUAUCUGGCAUAUUUGGUUCAGAUAGGGUUUCUCCCGCCUCCAAAUGCUGGCAAUGAUCAGGAUGGAGUCAAGAGCUUGCCAGAAGUGACGGUAUCGGAUUCACAACGCAAGGCUCUAGCAAGCGUCGGUGGACGAGGUGGCUUGGCCUGA